ACUCUUCAGGAGAAGAUGCUGCCUUGUAACCCUUGUUUCAGAAGCUUCGUCGUAACUGAGAAGGAUAGCCUGACACUCCGACCUCGGUGCUGCCUCCAGUGCUCCGAGUCCCUAGCAGGCCUCCAGGUGGGCAGAAGCACUGAGCAGGGAGACCACGACAAGCUCAAAGAGCUGUACUCGGCUGGAAACCUGACGGUGCUAGCUAAUGACUCCCUGCUCCACCAGGACCCAGUACAGUUAGAUUUCCACUUCCGCCUCACCCCUCAGGCUUCUACCCACUGGCAUGGCCUCCUCUGUGACCAGCGGCUCUUCCUGGACAUCCCCUACCGGGCCCUGGACCAAGGCAAUAGGGAGAGUUUGACAGCGACACUGGAGUAUGUGGAGGAGAAAACAGAUGUGGACUCUGUGUUUGUGAACUUCCACAAUGCUAGGAAUGACCGAGGUGCCUUGCUUCGGGCCUUCAGCUACAUGGGCUUUGAGGUGGUUAGACCUGACCACCCUGCCCUCCCACCCUGGGACAACGUCAUCUUUAUGGUCUACCCCCUUGAGAGGGAUUGUGGCCACCUACCUAGGAAGCCCUCCUGA